ACCGGCGGCGGGCUCCGGCCGGGAACGGCCGAAAGGAGAGCUGAAAGGAAAUCGAUUGUCACUAUUCUUCUUGGGGAGUUUUCUUUCGUCCGCUUUUCGCUGCACGGACAGGGCUCGUUGGCUUUGCAGCCCGGUUGGAAAGCUCGGCUUUUUUUUUGCGGGACUUAUUUUUUUGCUUUUGCCCGGAGGCGCGGGGAGCCCCACGCAAGUCCGCCCGGCCCCGAUCCCCGGCGGGGGGGGGAAGAGAGCCGCCCGACGAUGGAGGCGGUCACCCGCAGCAGCAGCUUCCAGCCCCAUCCCGGCCUGCAGAAGACGCUGGAGCAGUUCCACCUGAGCUCCAUGAGCUCGCUGGGCGGGCCGGCCGCCUUCUCGGCGCGCUGGGCGCAGGACCUGUACAAGCGCGACAGCGCCAAGGAGCCGGCCGAGGCCGUCCUCCACCUGCCGCCCAUCCAGCCGCCGCCGCCCGUCGUGCCGGGCCCCUUCUUCAUGCCGUCCGACCGCUCGACCGAGCGCUGCGAGACGGUGCUGGAGGGCGAGACCAUCUCGUGCUUCGUGGUGGGCGGCGAGAAGCGCCUCUGCCUGCCGCAGAUCCUCAACUCGGUGCUGCGCGACUUCUCGCUCCAGCAGAUCAACGCCGUCUGCGACGAGCUCCACAUCUACUGCUCGCGCUGCACGGCCGACCAGCUGGAGAUCCUCAAAGUCAUGGGCAUCCUGCCCUUCUCCGCGCCCUCCUGCGGCCUCAUCACCAAGACCGACGCCGAGCGCCUCUGCAACGCCCUCCUCUACGGCGGCGCCUACCCGCCGCGCUGCAAGAAGGAGUUCGCCCUCGCCGCCGCCGCCUCGUCCUCCGCCGCCGGGGCGCCGCCGCCGCUGGAGCUGGAGGUGACCGAGAAGAGCUUCAAGGUGUACCACGAGUGCUUCGGCAAGUGCAAAGGCCUGCUGGUGCCCGAGCUGUACAGCAGCCCCGCCGCCGCCUGCAUCCAGUGCCUGGACUGCCGCCUCAUGUACCCGCCGCACAAGUUCGUCAUCCACUCGCACAAGUCCCUGGAGAACCGGACUUGCCACUGGGGCUUCGACUCCGCCAACUGGAGGGCCUACAUCCUCCUCAGCCAGGAUUACGCCGGCAAGGAGGAGAAGGCCCGCCUGGGACAGUGCCUCGACGAGGUCAAGGAGAAGUUCGACUACGGACACCGCUACAAGCGGAAAGCGCCCAGGGUCCCCUCCGACCCACCUGCCCCCAAGAAGCCCAAAGUAGACGACUCCUCUCUGCAGUCUCCAAUCACGGGCGAGAAAGAAAAACAGUCGAGUUGGUUGCGGUCCUUGUCCAAUUCAUCCAGCAAGAGCAUCGGUUGCAUACACCCUCGACAGCGCCUUUCUGCAUUCCGGCCCUGGUCCCCUGCAGUUUCAGCAAACGAGAAGGAGCUCUCAAAUCACAUCCCUGCCUUGAUCCGAGACAGUUUCUAUUCUUACAAGAGUUUUGAAAACGCCGUGGCUCCUAAUGUGGCCCUUGCUCCCCCCACUCAACCAAAGAUCAUAAGCAACCCCCCGUGCGCCACUGGUUCGUCCCGGAGCAAUGAGCCGCUGAACAGCCCCACCCAACCAAGGAAAAGGAAACAUGUCUCUGAAAACCCAACCAUUCCUGAACCUACACCUGUCGCCCCCACGACACCCGCUGUCCCUGCCGUUCCCGCCACGGAAGAAGAUAAGGAGUCGGAAGCAGAAAUCGAAGUAGAAACUCGAGAGGAAUUCACCUCCUCACUGUCCUCACUCUCCUCCCCUUCCUUCACCUCCUCGAGCUCGGCCAAGGACAUGAGCUCCCCCAGCAUGCAAGCCCCGCCGGCCGUCAGCAGCGCCUUCGAAGUCACUGCCCACGCCGAGCCCCAGGGUGGUGGCAGCGGUUUGGAAGCGGAACUGGAGCACCUCCGGCAAGCCCUGGACGGCGGCCUGGACACGAAAGAAGCCAAAGAGAAGUUCCUCCACGAGGUCGUCAAGAUGAGGGUGAAGCAGGAAGAAAAACUCAAUGCAGCCUUGCAGGCCAAGCGCAGCCUACACCAGGAGCUGGAGUUCUUACGCGUGGCGAAGAAGGAGAAGCUGAGAGAAGCCACCGAGGCCAAGCGCAACUUAAGGAAGGAGAUCGAGCGGCUACGAGCCGAGAACGAGAAGAAGAUGAAAGAGGCCAACGAGUCGCGGAUACGGCUAAAACGGGAACUGGAGCAAGCCAGACAGGUCCGGGUGUGCGACAAGGGAUGCGAAGCUGGCCGGCUGCGAGCCAAGUACUCUGCCCAGAUUGAAGACCUGCAGGUGAAACUCCAGCAUGCUGAAGCAGACCGGGAACAGCUGCGUGCUGACCUGUUGCGCGAGAGGGAAGCGCGGGAACACUUGGAAAAAGUGGUCAAGGAACUUCAGGAGCAACUGUGGCCUAAGCAGAGCAAUCUGCCCAGCAGCGAACAUAUGGCAAAGGACCUAGAGAACUAGAGGCAGCACUCGCGAAAGGAAUGAGACAUUGUCUAACCCCGUAGGCCAGACUGACGAAUAUGCACAGUAAGGGAUUGUGUACGGGAGCGGCGCAUGCGCAUGGGCGCUUGCCCCUGUGCAUGCCGGUAAAGGCGAUGGACUUAGUUACUGAUUGGAGGGCAGACGUUACUCGUUAUAACAGAAGCACUGAAAUCCUGUCUUUUUUUCCCAACUCCACAUAGCACAACAUCUUCCUGUGCCUAUAACAUGAAGAGUGUUUAUCUAAACAAAAACUAAACUACUUUUGAGUCCACAGCAAAAAAAAAAUAAUCUUUUUCUACUGCUCUUCGGGUGUAUCUGGCAGCACCCAAGGGAAAUGGAAAGUGGGCGAGGAAGUCCCCUUUUCCGGGCAACACUUUGGAAUUGCGACGCCCCAUUUUUGUUAUAAGCUAUUUAAAAAAAAAAAGUACAAACGGUUGAGUCACAAAGAUGUGGUAUUAUAACCAUCAACAAGAUUUUUUAAAAAAUAUAUAUUAUAUAUAAAACUGGGGUGGGGUGGGGGUGUGAAUACAGACACUCUUUGAUGCCUCAUUUGUAAAGAUAAAUUGUUACAGGGGUUGGGUUCUUCACUAAGAGACGCUUGUCUGAAAAUACCCAACAGUAAGCCAUGACAGUUUCGAACCCUUCAGGGGAGAUUUCUACGAGAAUUUCAAAACUUUUAAAUUUGUUUCUAGUUUUAAAUCCGCAUGUUCCUCCCCCCCAACCCCUCCCCCUGCAUUUGCACCAAUGUUAAGAAAGCCAGAGGGGAAGGGGGGGGGAAUGAAGAGUGUAAGCAGCGAAAGGACAACCGACACAAACCCCGCCUUAUUAAAGACAGUGUUCGUAAAUCAUGCCAUAACCCCCCCUUUUAAGAAAAAGAAAAGAAGAUAUCUGUUAUUGACUGAUGUGUUUUUGAAAAGACUCGCUUCAUCUCCAGAGCACUUCAGUUUUUAGGAAAGAAAUAGAAGAGUUGAGGGUUUUUUUCUAAAAAAAUUAAUAAUUUUUAAAAAGGAAAACCAAGAGACGGAUGGAUCGGGAAGCGGCUUGUGAGAGACCGAGAGAGAAAGGAGUGCGCGCAUGUGUGAGACAACCUCUCUUUCUGUUUUGUUUUCUUUUAAUUCCCCCCCCCCCAAGAACUCAUCCCCAUUUGUUCCUCUCCUCAGAAAUUCAGUAUUUUAUUGACUUAACGGUCACAUGUGAGGACUUGAGUGCCCCAGAAGAAGGCUCAGCGUUGUAUUAAAGACACAAAAAAGAGAGACUUUUUGCUGCUGUGAAUAUAAGCCUACAUUUCUUAUUCUUUAGAUUUUGUUUUUUUUUAAAGGGGGGGGUCUUUAUUUUUGUGACAAAUAUUUUAAUCUUGGGAUCUCUGCUGCAGUUCCUCCCCAACCCAGCCAUGGAUCUAAAAAAUAUGCAUUCACACACUCAGGGCAAAAUCAUAUCCCUGGUGGGAGUUUUGCUUCGACAGGAUUGGGGCCAACGCUUCAGUAGCCGGCUGGAUUUUUGUUUCUUUCUUUAACAACAACAACGUUUGUCAAGAACUGCGCUCUCUUCCUCAUUCCCCCCCCCCCGCUUCCCCUCAUCCCUCAAUUGCCCAGUUUGCCAUCCUGCUGUUGCACGUCGGAGUGGGUUUGGAUACUGUUGAUCUGUUUCAGGUUCAAGUUAUGCUAGCUUAACUCUCGAGAUCACGUUGUACGAGAUGCUGACGGUUAGACAAACCUGGGGAGGCAGCAGGCAUCGCAGAGUCAGGUUUCCAAAUUUAGUUCUUUAGGCCUCUGAUGUAUGAAUGACUCGUGUUUCCUCCGCAGCCAUUCUGCUGCACUUCUGGAGGAAGGGAGGCACCACCCCUCCAACAAGUAGGGCAACCACAGGCAUCCCCCCCCCCCAGCAAUACUGCAACCCAAGUGAAUUCACCACGAUGGCCGCAGCUUUCUUCUUGCCCCCCCAAAGCACCUUUUUGGAACUGUGUUUUCUGCAAUGUUCUGGAAUGUGUACUGGAACUGUUUUCUUGAAUCAGUUCUCUGGGCUGUUGACAGGUCACUCAUUCACACAGGUCACUCAUUCAGAAAAAUGGACCUUACAUUCUGAAGGGGGGGGGCACACCAUUAUUCUAGGAUGCCUGCCCCUCCCCUGGUGCGUCAACACGGAAGGGAAAUUAUCCUCUGCUAAUGAAACCUUUCCUUCGCUAAGCAGCUGCCAGUCCUGAAAUUAAAGUAUUUACUUACAAGUACACUAGAUAAUUUUUUUUUAAUAAAAAGCAAACUGUAUUAAAAUAAAGUUAUUACCCAUUCUAAUAGCCAUUGCAAGCAUGAACAUUGGAAGGAGGAAGCGAAGUUCAUUUUGGGGGAGGGGGAGGCUGGUAACAGACAAAAACAGAAUAAAAAGAAAGAUUAUAUUAGAAAGAAAAGUCAGGUUACUUAGGCAAAAAUAAAUUAAGGGGAGCAGAGAAAAAAAAGCUAUGUGAACUAACUUUGCAUGAAGCGAGCCCCGUCGUCCAAGCUUACGGGGUUUUGCCCUGGUUCAAUUGUGACGAGCAGAUCCCAUUCUCCCUCUUCUAAAGUGCAAUGCAAACGGAUUAUUGAUUGUGUUUAUGCAGUUAUUUUUUUUUUUAAUGUGGGGAUUUUUUUAAAAAAACGCUUCUUUGUAUGUUUUUUUCUGCAGUUAUUAAAAAAACAUAUGCAUGGAAUUAAAACCUUUGCCAUACAUAUAUUAAUCAACAGGCAUUAUUACUGUCUUAUGUAAAGGGGAGGUUGUUUGGGGUGGGGGGUCAUCAUGCGUGUAAAAAAAACCCCCAGAACCUUUUCUCAGCCUUAUGAAUUUUCAGGUUACGAAUUUUCGGGGGCCGCACUGCUUUUCGUAGCGGGUAUUUCUCUCUAACAGUCACAGAAUAACGUCGCUUGCCGCCGAAUGCUGUGGUCGAACUCUGGUUUCGGUGCGUCCGUCUUAUGGCCGGUGAUUUAAUCCCAGGACAGACCGAUUGACUUGUUCACGCUCCGUUUUUUCGUUUCCUCCUUCAAACUUUGGCAGUGGCCCGGAGUGCCAAGGUGCCAUCUUUGGGAAUAAGCUUGUGCCUCGCUGGGGAGACUGGUUGCUUAGCCAGAAGAGCUCAGAUGGCACUCCGAAGAACCCUGGAGUUCUGCGGAAGCUUAACGAAGAGGAGAUCAGGAUUGUAGAAAAGCCUCUUCGGAAGGAAGCUUGCCCGCCCAUCCACUCACUGCUGAGGAACCCCUGCACAGUUCUUUGGAGGGUGCGCUAGCUGUGUUAUUUGCCAUCCAGGUUUUUAGCUCCAAAAAUACUAGCUCAUGCAGAGAGAUGGGGGUCCGGCAGGCCCAGCAAGAGAAUUGCAUGCACCCCAGUACAUUCCCCUGCAUCCUGUGCAAUGAAUACUAGUUCCUGAGCCACUAGUUUUACAAACACAACAAUGGGGGGUUGUGAACCCUACCACUCCUGACCACAGAGAUCAAUUCCCCUGGAGAAAAAUGGCUGUUUUGGAGGGAGACUCCAUGGCAUUAUACCCCGCUAAAGUCCUUCCUCUUCCUAAAUCCCGCCUUCUGCAAGCUCCGCCCCCCCAAUGGUUUCUCAGUUGACAACCCUCUGAGCCACCAACCUUCAGUCCAAACACCAUUCCCCAUCCAAUAUGAUCUGGCGUAACGCCCUACCACUGAAGCGAGGGAACACAAACACUGCUCCCAUGCAACUGUGACACACCAUGCUUGUUGUGUACCCCCAAGCGGAGGGAGAAACAAGUCUGGCUCUGGGCUGGUGUAGCCACCUAUGAGCCAAACUGCAAAAGGAGGCCCACUGCUUGGGAACACGGGUCUGGGCUUUCAUA